UAGCCAAAGCUCAAUCGGUUCUACCGGAUUCCAAAUUUGGAGAGAACCCGCAUCCGAUUGAUUACUCCCCAAUUUCAAAUCAGACAUAACUAUUCUCUUGCUCCGGCGAAAUCGAGUUGCUAAUUACACCGUAAUCCGUUUUCCGGCGAACUCCUCGCGAAAUGCUAGGAAAGAGAGUGUGCAGUGGGUGGCGCCCGUUCCUAUUAUGUUUGCCGUUGUUUUUUGUUUUAGUUCACAUGCUCUCAGUUUUAGAACUACGGCAGCACUCAGCUGCAGAAGUUCCACAAAGGAAACAAUACAAGAAAUCUGAUCAUCUGCUCUUAGGACCUGCUGCUGGCCAAGGGUUGCCUGAUCGACUACAAUGCCAAGGCAACAAAGCUCUCAACAAGACACAUUUUGGAGCAUCUUCUAAAAAUUUGAAGGCCGGAGGCAAUAUUUCCAUCGUCACUGUCUUUGCUACGUAUAAUACUACUGUUGAUCAGCAGGCUAGUGGUAAAUCACUAGAUUUGGUUACAGUUGGGAACGCUUCCUACAACAAGGUGGAGAGGUCGAUCGCCAUCUUGAAUGUUUUCAUUAAUUUCAUUCAGGUAAAUCCAUGUGCAAGACAACAUAGGUUAAUAAUGUGUACUUGGUGAAAUUCUCAAGUACACUUUGAUGUGAUAAGCUCCACAUUGCUCAUAUGUAAUGGAUAAUCAGACAAAAAAUCAGCAGAAAUAAUUUUUAGAAAACUUCUCCUAGAAAUGUUAUUGUUUCCUUCCUACAUUAUCCACAAAAAAAGGUUAUUGUUUUCUUCCUAUCGCACUUUGAAAUAAUCGGGAAGAAUAAUGGCGAAGGUUAUUUGUAAGGCCUCUUACAUCCUUCUUAGUGGUGUUUGGCUACGUGUAGGGUAAAAACAUCCAUGAUAAAACAUUAAAAAAACACUAAUGGGACAUGAGAAGGUUGUUAAGAAACAUGAGAAGUUAUUAGAACUGCAUUCUUCAAUAGUUUUUAGUUUAAACUCAUUGGAGGGAGCUUUGAUCACUUAUUUGGUGGAGGCAAACAAACAUAUGUGACAGUUUGCUUGGUCUUUCUUUUUAAAAAUUUUAUAUUUUAAAUUUUAAAUUUUGAUCUUCUUAUGAUAACCUUGAUAUUCCUUCUGGAAAUAUUGACAUUUCACUUUCUUAUUUUACUUCCAGAGUGCCUGUGUUACUCCUUGUUGACAUACAAGUUGUCUAGCACAUGUAUACACAUGUACUACAUCAUAGCUAGCACAUGUAUAUGAGUUGUAUAGUAGGUGUAAUUAGGUGUAUGACAACUAAUAGAUUAGGUGAAUUAGUAUUAUAAAUAGGCCUUGUAAUCUUCUCUUCUAGAUAUGAAAUAUAGAACUUCUUUGGUUUCUAACAUGGUAUCAGAGCAUUGAAGUUUUUUCAUCAGUUUGUUGUUGGGAAUUUUUUUUUUCCCGUUCGAAUUAUUUUUGUUCAGAACAGUCUUUCGCUGCUUUGAUUCUAUUUCACUAUUUCCGGCCAUUUUUUGCCCCGGCCGCUUCUUUACAGAUUUUUCUACUCACUAUUCCGACCAAAGUGGUACUGUCAGAAUUUUUUUUUCCUGACAACUUUCAUUUUCCAAGAUCACUGUUCACUGUUCACUGUACUGUUCACUGUUCACUGCACUGUUCAC